CCGGGAAGAUGCCCAAACGGGCUCGGCCGGACGGGGCAGCCCGUCAGGCCGGCCUGAUGAGAAGAGCUCUCUCUCUCUCUCUCUCUCUAUAUAUAUAUAUAUAUAUAUAUCUUUGAUCAACACAAGCAUUGUUCAAAUUCUUUUAAAUAGAUUGAGAUUUCUAUAAAGCUAACUAUAAUUUAAUCCGGUAGACAUUCAGUAAAGUUAAUUAAAUUAUACUGAUUAUCGAGUCUCUGAUUCUUCAAAUAAAUUGGCUUAUUUGUCUAAGUUUAGUUUACAUCUUAUAGCCUAGAUUUUGCUGUUAUUGAAACUCGAAACCUACAUAACUAUGAGUGUAGAGUGUAGACCAAAUAGCACCAAAAGUUUGAAUUAGGAGUCAAGUACCUGCUUAUUAUCAUAUUGCAAAUAAACUGACGGAUUUUAAUGACUAAAUUUGUAAUAGACAAUGAGUGUAUAUCUCCUUAUUAACCUAUUGCAACUAAACUACCAAUAUUUUAAUGACUUAUAGUCGAAGAUAUCAAAUUAUAAAAAAAGAAAAGAAAAAUGUGUUAUUAAUGAUUUUAAUUCUUCUCUUCUAUGGAUAAGAUACAUUUGUUUAUCAUUUUCAUUUACCCCAGUGCCGCAAAGGCUCCCACGGUGGGGUAAGGGGGGUCGGAUGUACGCAGUCUUACCCCUAUACUAAAUCACAGAGAGACUGUUUCCGGAUGACUCAUAAUGAUCCAUAGUAUCUUAUGGAUAAGAUACUAUAAAAAAAUGAGUUUUUAUUCAAUUCUCCUGUUAUCUUCUUGGACUAAGAUUUUGAGGGCAUAAAUGAUAGACUAAAUGCACUUGCUAAAAAAUCUAACAAGUUCUAAGUGGAACGUUUAACAGGCCACCGGUUAGAGUGAGUUUAUCAAAAUUUUGGGUUGGAUUGCCUGCAGGGGCGGACACACAUGGGGGCUAUGGGGGGCUGCCGCCCCUCCGCCGAAAAAAAAUUCUAGGUAUAUUUACCCCGAAAUUUUUAAUGUAUAUGUAUUUGUAUGUAUAUUCUUGUACUGCCGCCCCUGCUAUCGGCAAAUCCUGCGUCCGCCGCUUAUUUGCCUGAACAACAGCUUUAUAGUUUAUUAGUUUUAAACCAUUUGUAGUAUCAUCACCUAGAAUAUGACAUCAUAUAGUUUGUAUCAUCUCCAUAAUCUCUUUUACAAUACCCCAUUCAUUCCCUUAAUGCAGGUAGUAUCACCAAAUCAGUCCAAAACGAUUUAGGGGAUAUGUAAAACACUAAUUCAAAUGAAUAUUAAAUUAAAUAUAAGCCUGAAUGAUGUGGCAUGUCAUCGUGUCACAUUCUUUGAUAUGCAUAUGUUAUUAUUACAACAUUAAUUUGUAAGGGAGCUAUAAUAAUAACUAUGUAACUUAUCAAUGCAUAAUGUUUUUUUUGCAUAAGGGAUAUUUUAGUUUGUAAAUUUUUUAAAGGGGUUUUCUCCUUAUUAGUACUAAAAUAAGGCUAAUUUUCCAAAAAGUGACCACUUUUAUAUUUAGACAAAAAUGUGACUAAUGCAUAGUGACAUAUCCAUAGUGAUAUUGUGCCGGCCACAAUGACACAUUUGCAGUGACAUCUCCGCCGUCUCCGGCCAUAGUGACAUCGUUCUCAUUCACAGUGACACCACCUCCAGCCACAGUGACACACUCAUAGUGACACCGCCGGCGGCCAUAGUGACACCACCGGCAGUCAUAGUGACACCGCCGCCGGCACCGCCCAAAGACCACCACCGCAUUGGUUCUACCGGUUAUCACCACCUACCCCUCCCAAACCCCCACCAACCCCAACCCGAGUCAGCCCCGCCCCAACCCAAGCUCAGACCGUCCCCUCCCCUGCUCAACAGAGCUGUGACAACCGGCCACCUCCCCAGCCCCCAGCCGCCAGUGACGACAAAUGACUGGACCUUCCACCAUGUCCCCACUAACCCUAGCCACCACCCCCAUUCCGAAUCCAGAUCUGAAAAUCACCCCUACGACCCUCACAAUGGAAAGAAAUUGAAGGAGAAGCAUGUUUGCGUGGGAAUGAAGAUUGAAACGGAAGGAGAAGAUCGACGGCUAAGCGACGAACGGCAAAGGAGACGCGAACCAGAAGGCCGACGAUGAUGCCAAACGCGGUCGAUGGCGACGGGCGACUGCCUCGAAAGCGAUGGGCGGUGGGGACAGUCGCAGAGGAAGGAGAAGGAGAUGGACGCUGCUCUGGCUCUGUGCGUGGAUGUCUUGCUCCGCCCAGGCGUCCUUACGCAGCGAAGGAGAAGAAGAUGCGGAAGUUUCAGCGAAGGAUAUGCGGAGCCGGAAGAUCGAUGGUCACUUUUUUGUGGAAAAAUAUUUCGGUCAUGUUUUUUUCCAAUAAAACCUAUGAGGGGAUGGACAACCAAUUAACAUCUGGGAGGAUCCAUGGUUGCCUAAUGCAGAGAAUCCGAGGGUGGUAACAAAGAGUGGGUCAGGGUUGGAGCAGGCUACUGUGUCAGGCCUUCUAAAGAUGGAAGACGGAUCCCCGGAUGAGGAUAUUCUGAAUGACGUGCUGGACGAUAGACUGCUGGCUCAGGGUAUUUUAUUAAGCAAAAGCAAAAUACCAGACAGUUGUUUCUGCUGGAGGUGGGGCGAGAAGGGUCAAUUCUCUGUUAAAAGCUGCUAUCGAAGGAUAGUGGGAGAGCAAUCGGGUGAAGGCUGGUUGGGUAACUUGGGUUGGACAUCACUCUGGAAGUUGGAGCUUCCUCCAAAGGUGAAAUCCUUUUUUUGGCAGUUAGAACAGAACUUCGGAGAUGAAUGGUGGACUGUCUGAGCGAGUGUGGGCUGUGAAAGGGAGGAGGAAACGCUGCUGCAUCUAUUUGUGUACUGCCCGAAAGCUAGGAAAAUUUGGAAUCAAGUGGGUCAGGAAGUGCCUACAAGCGGGGUGGAAAGCCUACUGGUAUGGCUGCACUCCGUCUUUGAUACUCGCAAUAAGGAGACAUGGUGCAUAGUUAUUCAUUCUCUUGUGUUGGAGUAUUUGGCAGGAACGGAAUUCACGGGUGUGGAACUGAGGCUCAAGAAGACUGGAGAGGAAGUUAAUGUGGCAGCAAAGGCUUUUGGUUUCCCGGAAUCUUGGAAAGCAGCUCAACUACCCAAUGCGGGUCUUCAAGUGGCAGUAAGGGUGCAGGGAAGAAGCUGGCAGCAGAUUGGGGAUUGGGUUGGUCUAUCUUUCCGGACAGGGGGCGCUGGAUCUGACCAGUUGGUGGCUGCUUGAAGCGGAAUGCUGAUGUUGCACUUGGGAGGGAACGGUGUGGGCUUGGCUGGGUUAUCCGUGACUCGAUCGGGGAUUUUGUGGCAGCAGGAGCCAAGCCGUUUAAUAGCAGGCUGACACCGAGGGAACCGGAGAUGUUGGGGGUUCGUGAAGCUUUGGUAUGGUUGUUGUCCUUGGGUUGGAGAAAUCUGGAUGUAGUCUGAUGCGGCUCAGGUGAUCAAUGAGAUCCAGGAGGGGAAGGAUCUUUCGGGUUUUGAUUUGGUUGCGAAAGAUAUUAAAUUUAUGAUUGCUAAUAUGAAUAGCAUCAAGUUUUCUCACGCAGGUCGAUCAGAAUCGGGUUGUUCAUUGCUUACCUAGAGUUGCCGUUUAUGUCUAAUUGUCAAUUUUGGUUUCAUAUUCGUCCUACUUAUGUAAUCAAGGAUUUGGAGUUUGAUAUUCUAAAUAAUAUGUAGUUGGUCCUACUUAUGUAAUCAAGGAUUUGGAGUUUGAUAUUCUAAAUAAUAUGUAGUUGGUUUUCUUACAGACAUUAUGAAUAUGAUAUUAA